UAAAUAGUGUUUACGGAGGAAACCGAUUGAAUGUCAUUGCUGACAGUGAGUAGAGCGUACACAGGAUCAUGGUCAACAGCAGCAUCUCGAAGGCGGUACUACUGCUGGUACUGCUAGUCCAGAAAAUGGCCGGUGAGUUUGUGGUACAGUUCGGUGAUUCGAUGAAGCCCUGCGGUAACGAGCACGGCGACGAGAUGCUGCUGGAUCUCUCCGGAUUGCAGGUGGUGCCGAAUGAUGAUGACAACAUGAUGUUGGAUGGAAAGGUCCGCAUAAACAAGGCGCUCGCGAGUCCGAUCGAGCUAAACAUCUACACCAAACGGUUGGAGAAGGGCGAGUGGAACGAGGCCGUACUGGGGCGUAAAAUCAUUGACCUUUGCCCACUGCUCCAGGUCGCGACCGAGCCCUGGUUUGUCAUUACGAGUGCGAUGGCAACCAAGGAGUGUCCGUUUGAGGCCGGGCACGAGGAAUCCUUUAUGCAGCUCGAGGUCGGUGACUUUGGGUUCACCAUUCCGCCGGACUUUGUGGGCGAAUGGAAGGCUUUCUUCGAGGUUGGCUCGCAGGGCCAGACCUACUGCAUGAUGGCUGACUUUAGCAUCGUGGAAGUCUAGACACGGCGCGACGGACACGCGCAUCAUCCGCUUUUAGUGGCGGCGAAAGUACUUCGAAUCCCUAAUAAA